AGGCUGAAGGUCUGACUGCGAAUGGUUGCGAAUGGUUGGCUAUGCAGGACGGGAGAUGUGGAACAGAGACGGAGUACACAAUGGGAAAGCAAAACUCCUCAGCCAUGUUGAACAUGACCCACUUGUUCGAGAAAAUGCUGACAAACCUUAUCAACGAUCACUUGGCUCAACAAGAUCAGGCUUCGAGCCCGAACGAAAGGCAACCGGGAGAAGAUUUUAAAUACGCUUACCUUUACAUCGUGUUAAUCUUCGGGAUGUUCACGUUUAUUAUGGUGUUCAUCCUGGCCAGCACGGUGAAAUCCAGGAGACAGGAGCACAGCAGUGACUCGAACCACAGCUGCAUUGGAGACCCUUCAUCCAAAAGGACCUUCAGCCAAAUGAUCAACGCAAACCAAUGGCCGGCCAAUGAAAGGGGGUCAAAAGGCCAGCAGGACCUCUGGGAGAUGGACGAGACACUGACUUCCUCGUAA